ACACCCCUUCGACUCAUUGCAGUUGGUCUAGUCCAGGCUGCAGCGUCUGGCUCAGCCGAGGAGCAUCUUGAAAGUUUUUCUACAUCACGCCAAUGUUGUUACUUUUUCACUGUCCUCCAGAACUCUCAAACUACGUUCUGUUAUUUUAGGGAUAAUUUGUCUCAUUUCUAUGUCUGGAUAACCUCAACAACCUCGUUUUGUUUAAGAUAAUCAGGUGUUUGCUGGUUUCAUUUUUCGACAGCAGAAAAUGAACGACACAUUCCCCCUAACCAGAAAGAAGAAGUGAAGGAGUGUGGAGAUCAUUGGAGAGAAGAGAGAGAGAGACUGAAGAGGGUUUAAACUGAAGGAGUGACCGGAGAGGAUACUUAUUGCAGACACCAUGUCUGUCUCCACCACCAAACAGGAGAGAACCCUGUGUGUUCUGCUCCCUAAUAAAGAACAGCUGGACAUCACUGUGUGGGUCAAGUCCACAGGGCAGGAUGUGUUCAAUCAGGUGUCUGAGCUCCUUGGAAUAAAAGAGCUGCACUUCUUUGGCCUGACAGUGGUGAAAGACAAUGAGCACAUCUUUCUGGACAUGGAAGAUAAGCUGACCAAGUAUUUCCCUAAGGAAUGGAAGCAAGAUUCAGGGAAGGGGUUACAGAAGAGAUCCCUCCCCCUGGUACUCUGCCUCAAGGUGCAGUACUAUGUGGAGAACGGCAGGCUCAUCUGUGAGCGGAAGGCGAGGCGUCUGUACUUCUCUGACCUGAGGGAGAGGGUGUUGCGUUCAGAGUGUCGUCAGCAGGAGGAGGUGUACUUCCAGCUGGCUGGGUAUGCUCUUCAAGCUGACCUGGAGGACCAUCCCCUGCCUGGGAAGAACCAGGGAGGCACCCGUUACUUCCAACCCAAAGAGUACUUCCCUCCCUGGAUUGUGGCGAAGCGUGGGGUGGACUACCUGCUCUGUCACGGUCCCAAGGUACACAAGGAGCUAUGGGGCAUGACGCCACGUGAUGCGGUACUCCACUUCAUCAAAGAGGCCUGUCGUCUCGAGGAUGUCCCCGUCACCUUCUACAGGCUACAGAAGGUCAAAGAGAGAGGCACAGCUCUGCUGGGGCUGUCAGGGUUGGGGAUUUAUGUUCCCCAGGAGGCGGACAACAUCCGCCAGCUUCUCUAUGAUUUCCCCUGGUCCAACGUGGGACGACUCACCUUCCUGGGAAAGAAAUUUGAGAUCCAGCCAGAUGGUCUGCCGUCGGCCAGGAAGCUGGUCUACUACACUGGGUCUCCGUUUCGCUCGCGCCACCUCCUCCUGCACCUCAGCAACAGCCACCGACUCUACCUCAGUCUCCAGCCUGCCCUCAAACACCUCCGACAGCUGGAGGACAGCGAGGAGAAGAAGCGCUACAGGGAGUCGUACAUCAGUGAUGACCUGGAUCUAGACCAUCCAGGGGGCAGCGAGGGGGGCAGCCCCGGCCUGUCCCGACACUCUACCUCCAGCUCGGGCAUCGAGGCAGACCGCGAUGCGACACGGCAACACAGCAGCAUCUCCAUGGAGAUGGCGUCCAUGGAGGAGGAGACUGAGCUGAGGAAGAGGAUGGAGAAGUGUUUCAGUUCGGCGGCGAGUCACGGGAGUUCUCACACUUCGGGCGUGGACACGGGCAGCAAAGCACGCACUGAUGAAGAGGAGUGGCAGGAGGAAGAGACCCAGCAGGCCAGUGUGGACAGUCCAGGAGAGGUUUCCGUGGACGACCCAGAGGAAAUGCUGAGAUUGGCUGAGCUGAUGGAGGGCGUGUCGGUUGAUUGUCCCGUGCUCACCUCAGAGACUCACUGUGAAGGUGAGGUUGAUUGUCCCGUGCUCACCUCAGAGACUCACUGUGAAGGUGAGGUUGAUUGUCCCGUGCUCACCUCAGAGACUCACUGUGAAGGUGAGGUUGAUUGUCCCGUGCUCACCUCGGAGACUCACUGUGAAGGAUUUAAGGGGGAUCAGGUAGACCGAGAUGAAGACCUGGUGACACUACGCAGCAAAGAUACCCUGGGACAGAUCCUGAAGUCAAGAUCCCAUUGCGUGGACCGCCACAGCCAGAGCCUGGAUGACGUUCGCCUCUUCCCCCCUCCCGCCCCCCUCGGCACGACUCUACCCCCUGACUCCUCCCACAGCUACACCUUUGGCCUGCCCCUCCCGGACUCCCAGAGUGACGCUAAGAGCCCCCCAGGGUGUAACAAUGGAGGCUACUACCUCCCCCUCCACUGCCCGGCUAAGGGCACCUUCUAUGGACACAGGUCUAUGAACUGCCUGUCUCUGGAUCUACUGGGAGACGAACAGCUGUUGGAGUUCAUACUGUAGAACAACACAGAGGACCAAUGUCCUUCUUCAAGCCUAUUCUCUACCCACAUCCCCCUCCAAUGAACCUGUAGGAUACAGGGGAGUGGCUGCAUGCAGCUAGAGUUCUAACUGUAGAACGUCAUGUUUUUACACUCCCAGGCCGAACUGUACUGGCCUGGUCACAUCAAGGACCAUGGAGGGCCCUCUUCAUGCCUGUGCUCUACUGUAUGACUCAGAUACAGGGGAGAGGCUGCACAGAGACGUUGGAGGACUUGAUGGACCUUUAAGAGGAUUGAUUGGUAUUGGUAGCAUUCAUUGUGAAACGGAAUGAGGCCAUCACCUUCAGUAACCAUCCCAAUACAGACCAGACUCUACAUAUUUAUUGAACAUGUUUGACACUAUUUUUGUUUGACCUUUUUUUAGAUACUUUGUACAUAAUUGUCUUAUAUUUUCAACUAUUUUACUAUAUUUUUUUACUUUGAGGUACUAACACAUUGUAACCAUAUCAAUAACUGUAAAUAGGGGUGAACAUUGCAUUUCUUCAGUUUGUGUGAAUCUUGGCAUAGUUUGAACCAGGAGUAUCUCUAGAAGUACUUUAUGGUCUAUUGUGAAGAGCAAAGGACUUUACUCCACGUUGACAUCCUGUGUAAAUGUGUCAUCAUUCCAUUAUUAAAUAACCAACAGCAUUUUUAAUCUUAUGUUUUGCUUUUGUUUCCCUUGUAUGUCAGUUU